CUUUCAAGUCUUUUUCUUCUCUACCAUUUCCAACAAAGCAGGGGAAAAAAGUCAGUCUUAGAAGAAGGAGACCGUCAGAGAGUUAUAAGCAGCUUUGCUUCCCGUGCUAUUGAGGCUCACAAGCAAUCUAAUAUCAAUGGAUCGCUGAACAAUAAUCUCCCCAAAUCUUCAAGUAACAUUACUUUUUUAUCCGACGAGAACCCGUUAACUACUCAAAACCCGCUGUAUGUCGAAGGUGUCGCUCCAAGUCCCGCCGCUGCUGGGGUGCUGCGGAAAAGAAGCGAUGUGCUAGAUACUCUCUCUCCGAGAAGAUUAGUCUUGAAAGAUGCCUCUUUGGGAGGCAGUCACCGUGCGUGGACGUUACCGGCUCACGUUAACCAGAGGCACGUGCCCGGUUCUCUAAGCAGGCCGGUUAUUAUGGAUCCCGUUCAGUGGCAACAGGAGAGACUCCAGGCGGAGAAGGAAGGAACUGCAGAUCAGCCCAGCAGGGGUGGCAUUAGCAGCCCGGUUUUCCAAGAUAUAAUUAGCGCCAACUUAACGGUAAAGGAGAAGGCGAGACAGUUUGAGCAGCAGGCUUUGCAGGAGAUGAAGCAAGUGAAAUCUCCCGAUGCAAAAUCUUUCCGGUCGCCAACCCACGGCAGCUGUUACCAAGAAGGAGAGAACGUGCUAGAGCAGUCUCCCAAAAGCGUGGCUGCUUCUCCUUGCCUUCGCUCUCCUCUGGCCUCUCCAGCGCCUUGCCCUCGAGUGGUUGAGCCGGAGCCUUCCGCGGUCCCCUCUGUGAUCAUCACUCUCCACGACUGUCCUGACGAACUUUCUCCUCCGCCAACUCGCAAACCGACUCCUCCGUCGUUUAGGAUAAAGAAAUCAGUUUGCCAAAGUUUUCUGGCUCCUCAGACCAAAGGAGAAGUUGCAGAAAGCAUUCCAGAUCCACCUAAAAUCCCCCCACCCCCACCGCCACUCCUGCCACUUCCACCUCCAUCCCCUCCUCUGCUGCCACCACCACCACCUCCUCCGUCUUCUCCCAAGGUUUCUCUUUCUUCUUCUUCUUCUCCAUCUCCUCUUAGCACCCAGCACCUCUCCCCUGCAAAGCAUUCAAAAUCCCCUGCCAAACAGCCAGCCGUACCACCAGCGGCCACAGUGCCAGAGCCAGCUCCUCGUAGGGAGCUCAAAGGUAUCCUCAAAAACAUUCAGAACUUAGCAGCCAUUGAGAAGUCCGUGGCCAACAUGUACAGUCAAAUAGACAAAAACCAUGUUCUGCCCAGGCCCGUCGCGAAGCUCAAGCCGGUCGCGCCGCCAGAGCCGCCCGCGGCCGACGCUGCGGCUGAGCAGGGCCAGCAGAACGGCGGCUUGAGCUGCGUGGUGGAGGAGCUGGAGAAACGCUUCCCGUCGCAGUCGACCGCCCUGUAGCGCGUGCCGCUGGGCGCUUUGUGCACGCGACCUUCUGAGCGAGGUGACGCGGAUGCAGCACAUGGUAUCUGCCCCGGCAUUCCAGAAAUUCAGACUUUUUCCCCCUCUCUCUGCUAUAUAUCACUCCUGACACUAAAAUUGAGACAUUAGCUGUUCACUCAGACAUUUGUAAUAUAUGAUUGUUUUACGAGCUGUGCUCUCGGCGCUGCCUCUUAUCGUGCUGUGAUGCUGGUUCUUAGUCUGCUUGUCAAAGAUUUUGGGGAAAAAGCGUCCGUUUUUAGCCAAGGCUCUGUCGGAGAAGACAGAGCGGUCACUAGUGCUUUAUGUUAAGCAGCCUUCACUGUAGGUACUAUCGGUGAGCAGAGCGAUUUCUCUGCGUCUGUGAUGAGAAUCCCUUGCUUUGCCCAUAAACCAUCCCGCCCGGGAGGAAUCUUACUGUCAAACAUUGGAUGUCAAAGCAAGCAAGCACUCGCAGUGGGCAGGCUCAGCGAGAGCGAGCCAGAGUUACUGCAAUAACGCGUCUUUUUACUCGGUGGGAAACGACACGCUGCUCUGCUGUGUGCUGGCAUGCUUGCUUGCAGCUCACGUUUGCGUCUCUAAGUCAGAUAAGGGUUUUUCUCUUGAUUUAUAAACCCUGCUGUCUUCCCUCCUCUUACCCAUGUUAUGCCUUUCGUUGCAUUUUUUUUAUAUUGUAACUGCAUGUUAAGAGUUUUUAUUUUGUACAUGAUUUAAUGUAAAAAAAAAAAAAAAAGCAUUUGCUUGUCUUUUUUAUUUUGCAUGUUCAUGUUGUUGACAUACCUCUUUAGCUUUCAUGCUAGUUUGCCAUGAGCUUUACAGCUGCAACAUUUUGCUUCUCUUGAAAUGUAAUAAAGUCACUCUGAUUAGCGUCACCAAGUGGAGGUUUUUCAAGUGCCUGUAAAAAAUCCAUGUAAUAUGGAUUUACUUACUGGCUUUUUUGCUCACAUUCAUCUAAAUCAGACCUUUACAGUAAAUAUGUCAGUUAUGUUAAAUUAGCUUGUCCUUUGAAACAAAUGGUAAGUAAAAGGAGUUUUGGCGUUUAAAUGAAUGUUAGCUUAGUUCAACCCGCAAGUUUCCUUUCAGUCUUUUGCCAAAUUCAAAAUAGCCAUGUUGAAAACAACAUAACAAAAUAACUAUAUAUAUAUAUACAUAUAUAUAUAGGGAGAGGCAGAUAAUACGGAAUGAAAAAAAACCUACCUAAAAAACAGUUCAGUAUCAGAUGUUAUGAUUCUGAGCAAAAAGGUGAUUAAUUAUUUAUUGGUCUGUCUAGAGAUGCUCAUUAUUUCCACAGUGCUUGGCAUUUUGUUUUUCUCUCUCUCUCCUUCUCUUUUUUUUUCUUUUUUCCCCCCACUCUCCCUGCAGUUAGGACAGGACAUGUACGGAUGCUUCAGGAGAAACUGCUGCAGGUAGUUUCUCGCUCCUUGUCCCGUUGCCAAACUCCAUGAACGCCAUCGCACCAAUUCUGCUGAUACGUUAGAAAUGCCUAAUGAAGUCCCCUGCUCUUGCCGGGCUAAAUUUUGUUCCAAGACAUGCAAUGAAUAGCAAUAACAGCUAAAUGUGUGAAGGGAGUGAUUCUCAGUCAUUGCAUUUUCGCUGUAGCAGGGUCUGUAUAUUUUCCAAGCUGCCGGCGCACAGUAUAGCUGCCCACGGUGCUAAGUCCUGUGCAAGAGGCACAACCGCAGCGCCGGCAGCGAGCUGUCCAAGUUCAGCCACCCGUAGACAGAGAAACCUUCAAGAUUUAAGAGCUGGAGUCGGGGAUGGGCUUGGACGUGCCCCUGCCUCUGCGUGCCAGCGGUGGUCCGCGCAUGGGACCCAUGGGGCAAUUGCAAGGGUGCCAGGUUGAGCAUGGGAAGUCGCUGCGUUAAGCCUGUUCGGAGCAGCUCAACCCUUAGGAUAAAAGUUACGGAUUCACGUACCCGCUUUAGACCUUGCCAGGCCCACACCAGGCGCUUUUGUGAAGUUUGUGAAGUUUGGUGAAACAUCAGGCAAACACGGCCUCAUUUUGCGGCAUGCAGCAUCACGCAGGAGGGCUGCAGGCGUUUGGGACUUGACAGCAAAAGCUUCCGAGGUUUCAUUCCGCUGUGAUUAUUCGCGACCUGCCUUAAGCAGGAAGGUUGGCCGUCACAUGGGAGCUCCUUUUUAAAUUUUUAGUUUCAUCCCGUCAGUUGCAGAAGGAGCUGGGGGGGAUCACGGCAGGCAGCUCUGUGCUAACCAGGAACACCUCCUCCAUUCUCCAAACCCUUAUGAAGUGGGAAAGUUUGUGAAAGCUAGUUUAAUUAUCUGGAAUUAAUGCAGCCUUUUUUUUCCUGCUGGAUUUUUUUUUAAUUGCCUUUAUUAAAAAAAAUAAUAAUAAUUUCAUUAGACUGGGAAGGAAGCUGUACCAGUAAGGAGGUAUUUUUAACCUAACCCAGGGAGCAUUGGGGUUUUUUGAUUCUUUGGCUUCUAAUAUGAAAGCAGAUAUAAGGUAUGAUAUAUCAGAUGCCUGCUGGGAUGGCGGUAAUUGGGAUAACUGCUGCUUUAGGCAAAUCACAGUUCCUUUAAUUCGUGUUAGCGGUACAGCCCUGUGGACGGCUGGUGCAGGUUGUACAUGUGAAUUCAUUCCUGCUAUCAUUUUUGCAUUACGUACUAACGGUGUUUCCUAGCUGUCGUAUUAACCUCCAUCCUCACGUGCACUAAGUCCUUGCUUUCCAGUUUUGAAUGGAAGAUUUCCCUUGAUUGACUGCAGUGAAGUCUGGCUGAUCAUUUUUAUCCCAAAGCAAUUGCCCCUUUGGUGGAGAGUUUUCCAAUUCCCUCCUGGAAAAAAAAUCAUGUUAUUUUGACACUUUUUUUUUUUUAAGAAUAGAUCCUUGUGCUGUGAAUGAUUUUUUUCUUUUUUGUCUUUUUGUUUUUUCUUCUUCUAAUCGUGGCCGCACAAAACUAUAAGAGGAGAAGUGGGCGCAUCUCUCAAAACACAGCGUGGUGCUAUUUUUAAGAAAGUUGAAUUCCAAAUUACGUUAGCGUUACUUGUUUACUUGUAUUACAAAUUUUAAUGCACAGUGUAGCGUCUACUCAAAAGCAAUAAAGAUUAAUAGGCUUGCUUAGCCCCUGUGCAACACGAGGCCUUCUGUUUCUGAAGCUGUAGGCGACAGGGAAACUAAAUACAGUGUUGCUCAAGUGGGCUCUGCAAAGUCACAGAUCAUCUUUUGAUGAUCAAUCUUCAUUUCAGUUGUUCAUUACUUUCAUAUUAUGUGGGCAACCGCAUUAAUUUGAUGCUGAUAAUCAAUUCCAUGUGCUGCAUAGUAAUAGAAGACUUUGCAGAUGGUGAUAUUAAAGAAUUAAAAAGAACUUCUACUCUGUUCUUUAUUAUUUUCUCAAGUGUAAUUAAAGAAUUUCUCUAGCCUGCUCUCUAUGUGCUAGGCUAAGCUCAACGCAAUUUUGAGCACUUACCCCCUCUCCUUCUUGCAAAAAAAUAAAUUCCCAAGCUUAUUCUUAAUAACAACGCUAAGACCUAAAUUGCUAUUCGCUAGUUUGGCAGCACAUUUUAAUUUCCUGGCUCAAAAUGGGAAAAUGCAGAGCUCGAUAGGCGUAAGUGCAUUUGUCAUGCAUACGAACGGCUCCGAGAAAAUGAAUUACAACAACAACAACAAAUUUCCAAUGAGAUCCAAAGCACAAAGCCUGUGGCAAAAUAAUCACGAAUAGCCAAAAUAACGUAAACUCCCCCGCGCUGUUGAGCAAAUGGUAGGAAAUGUGUAAUUUUAAUAAUAACAAUGUUAGAAGAAAUUAGUAAUAGAUGCUCUGGGCCAGUUUCUAGCAAGACCGCGCAUGGAUUCAGAAAGUCCAGGUAUAGAAGAGAGACUGUUUCCCUGUUUGGGGAGAGGUGUGGAGCAGUGGACACUCUGUGUAGGUGCCCUCGGUAGCUCUCUGAGCCGCAGAGGAGAUUGCGUGGGAGCGGGAGGAGGAGCGAGCGCAGCGAUUGCACCCUCCCUCCCUGCUGCGUUGGGCUGGGUGCCCUGGCUCUCUGGCUUUUGGGGAUUGGGGGUUUCUUCUCAUCCAUUUGCAACUGGAAGCAAGAAAAGAUCCCAAAGUUUCCCUAGCCUGCCUCAUGUGAUAAUUUGUACGUCCAGAGCAAAUCCAAAGAAAAGCAUAUUUUGUAUGAUAGAUAUGUAUUUCUUUUCUUGCUAGAAUUAUUUCUAAUUGCAUUAUCUUUUCACCCCUCUCCAGAACGAAAGGCAGUAUGCAUUUCUAUGUAGUCUAACAGAAGUAUACUAAUACUAUCUUUUUCUUUUUCUGAC